GUCUCUCUUACAGGCUCUGAAGUCCCAAAUGAAUAAUCAUAUCGGAACAACCUGCCACGAAGUGAUCUUUCUGUUUGUCGUGUCCUAUGACUUUUUAAGUGGAUUUGAACAAGGAAAAAUGCUUUAAAUAUGGACAGGUUUCUCUUAUCAUAACUUGCAGAGCAGGAAGUGGGAUGGGUCGUGUGCUUUUGAUCGAGCCGGCGGUUGGCCUGUAUGCGUUUGCCAUGUUUAUGAUCUACCCUCUGCUGCAGCAGUAUGUGUACCGUAGGCUGUGGCUCGAGCUGACCGGCACGACCUACCCUGCUGAGAGUCUGUCUCACUGCUCAAACAACCAGAGCUAUGUCACCAUACACCAGGCAGUGCAGAAGGAGACGUCCAUGUUCCUCCUCAAGAGUGAACUCUGCUUCCUCAUUCCCAGUCUCAUAUCUGCCUUGCUUCUGGUCUCAUACAGUGACUACUGCGGGCGUAAAGUUGCCAUUGUUCCUCCUCUGGUGGGCGACGCUCUGUUUGGCCUCUCCUAUGUUUUGGUCAGUAGAUUCUCCUUCAGUCUCAAUUACCUGCUAGCUGCCUCCUUCCUCUCAGGCUUGAUGGGCGGCCCCACCACUCUGAUCGGCGGAUGUUUCGCCUAUGUGGCCGACCUCUGCGGAGAAGAUCCGGAAGGACAGAAAACUGUCCGAAUGGCUCGGCUGGACAUGAUUUUGGGGGUUUUGACUGGCUUAGCUUCUCUGUGCACUGGAUUCUACAUCAAAGCAGCUGGCUUCACAUGGCCCUUCCUCACUGCGGUCUUUCUGCAUCUGAUAAACCUUUUCUAUGUGCUGGUGGUCUUGAAGGAGUCAUUGGUUCUUCCAGAUCCUAGUCUGACUUCAUCCGACCCCUCAGCUUCUGAAGCCCCUCGACUGAACCAGUCUCAAGCUGUUACCGCCCGUCUGCAGGGCGUCUACCUGCUCUUUGCGACCUCUAAACGGAGAAGGAACGUAGUGCUGUUGCUCAUGCUGGCUGCUUUUGCUUUUUUCAGGGUAGCCCUGCAGGGUGGCAUGUCAAUUUUCAUCUUGUAUGAGCUGAACACUCCUCUGUGUUGGAGUGAGGUGUUGGUGGGUUAUGGCUCGGCUCUCUCCACUGCCAUCUACCUGGUGAGUUUUGCUGGUGUGGCGCUGCUGUCCCGCUGUCUGCCUGACGCCUACAUCAUCCUGCUGGGGUUGACAUCUGUGGCAGCCGGCCUCAUCAUGGCGGCGUUUGCAAAGUCAACCCUGCUCAUGUUCCUGGUGAGGUUGCCAUUGCUGCUGUCCAUCAUGCCAACUCCUGUCCUACGAUCCAUGAUGUCCAAAAUAGUGUCUGGGUCUGAGCAAGGUGCCAUGUUUGCGUGUGUAGCCUUUGUGGAGAUGUUGAGUGUUGGUGUUUCAUUUACAAUGUUCAGCAGCAUCUAUGCAGCUACACUGUCGUGGUUCUCUGGGUUUAGUUUUCUGCUGGCUGCAGGCCUAACUCUCAUACCAGCCAUCCUGAUCUGUGUUGUUCUUUGUCUCCGUCUGGAUGUGUAUGAGGAAUCCAUUGUACUGACAGAGGAGAGGAUGGAAGACCACACAGAAAUCUUUGAACUACCACCAUAACAUGGACACUGGGAGCUCAUUUCCUCUAAUUCUUUGACA